CCUCCGUCAUGGCCUCCUCCUUCUCCAUCGCCGCCAGCCUCGCCGGCGCAGCGAGUCUGCUCCUUUCUUCUUCGGGAGUGCACGCCCAGGUUGCGGCGGCACAGAGGGCGCUCCCCGACAAGGCGCAGAUUAUCGACCAAAAGAGCUUCAAUGUCUUGGAGGUCGUCCCGCCUCCGUUAGAAUUCAAUGCUUCUUCGGUAUUCCUCUGGCCGGGCGUCACGCAUGAAUCUCUCACGGAGAAACCAUUCCACAUUUACGACCCGGAAUUCUACGACAUUAUCGGUAGCGACCCGUCACUGACUCUCAUCGCAACCUCGGAGACGGAUCCCAUCUUUCACGAGGCGGUAGUAUGGUACCCCCCAACAGAAGAAGUCUUCUUCGUCCAAAACGCCGGACCCCCCGCAGCAGGAACCGGCCUCAACAAGUCCUCCAUCGUCCAAAAGAUCCGCCUCGCCGACGCAGAGGCUCUUCGCAACGGGUCCCUGGGCACCAAGGAGGUCACCGUCACCACCGUCCCCUCGAACCCGCAGGUCAUCAACCCCAAUGGUGGGACAAAUUACAAAGGCCAAAUCAUCUUCGCCGGUGAAGGCCAAGGCGACCGCGUGCCCUCGGCGCUGUACCUCAUGAACCCGGUGGAACCCUACAACACCACAAUCCUCGUGAACAACUACUUUGGCCGCCAAUUCAACUCCCUCAACGACGUCGUCGUCUCCCGCCGCAACGGCGACAUCUACUUCACAGACACCCAGUACGGCUACUGGCAACACUUCCGCCCCGCGCCGGGCCUCCCGAACCAGGUGUACCGCCUCAACCCCACCACGGGAGCCUUGACUGUCGUCACGGAUGAGUUUGUGUCGCCGAACGGCAUCACCCUCUCUCCGGACGGCACAUACGCCUACGUAACAGACACGGGCAUCUCCCAAGGCCAAUUCGGCACAAACUUUACAAAGCCAGCCACAGUCUACCGCUUCGAAGUAAAAGAAGACGGCACAUUUGAAAACCGCAAAAUCUUCGCCCACACGUCCGGCAACGUCUACGCGGGCUGCAACGACGGCGUCCACGUCUGGAACCCGUCCGGCAAGCUCAUCGGUAAGAUCUACACGGGCACCACGGCGGCGAAUUUCCAGUUCGCGGGCGACGGGAGGAUGGUUAUCACGGGGCAGACGAAGCUGUUUUACGCCACGUUUGCAGCGUCGGGUGCUGCGUUGACGUGA